UCCCCGUUGAUCCACACCUCCCACCAAACUAGUCACGCUCUUACCUGUGACAUGUGUGGGCGUUCCAGUUGUUAAACUGCUGGCUCACGCCAACCGCGGCCAUGUCGCUGCCGCACCUAUGCUUCGUGCUGCCCAUGGACGCUGACGAGGUGGUACUAGCUGCUGCUCCUGGUGAAGGUUCUCCACGAGGCAUGAGAGGGAGAUCGAAGCUGGCGUCGUACGUCCGCGGUAACGUCGGCCGUGCGCUGCGGUGGUUGCGGUGCAGCUUUUGCGGCUGCGGAUGCGGCGCGGAGUACCGGUGCCAUGACUCAUCGGGGGUCGGCCGCUUCGAGGACAUCGCCGGCGUGUACGACUUCGACGCGAGGAAGCUCGGCGGUGGAGCAGCCGGGAGCCCCCGGAUCUUCAGCUACUCGGAGCUCUACAUCGGGACCAAUGGGUUCAGUGACAAGGAGAUCCUUGGCAGCGGAGGGUUUGGGCGGGUGUAUCGCGCCGUGCUGCCGAGCGACGGCACAACGGUAGCCGUCAAGUGCGUGGCCGGGCGCGGCGACCGGUUCGAGAAGUCCUUCCUGGCGGAGCUGUUGGCGGUGGCGCGGCUGCGGCACCGCAACCUCGUCCGCCUUCGCGGGUGGUGCGUGCAGGACGAGGAGGAGAUGCUGCUCGUUUACGACUACAUGCCUAACCGCAGCCUCGAUCGCCAUCUCUUCGGACCGGCGGCCACCGCGUCGUCCCCGGCACUGAGUUGGGAACGACGACGGUGCAUCGUCUCCGGGCUCGCGGCUGCCCUGUUCUACUUGCACGAGCAGCUCGAAACACAGAUCGUUCACCGUGACGUGAAGACCAGCAACGUCAUGCUGGACUCCGAAUACAACGCCCGGCUCGGGGACUUCGGCCUUGCCCGCUGGAUCGAGCACGCCAUGUCCGGCGAGGACGCUCCGCAGAUGGAGGUGUCUCCGUCACCUCAUUCCGUGCGGUCUUCAUCUUUUGCUUCCGCCAACUAUCAGUUCCGGUUGAUGGACACCAGUCGGAUAGGGGGCACAAUUGGGUACCUUCCGCCGGAGAGCUUCCAACGACGGGCCAUGGCCACAGUCAAGUCCGACGUGUUCAGCUUCGGAAUUGUCCUCCUGGAGGUGGUCACAGGGCGGCGGGCAGUUGACCUCGCAUACCCCGACGACCAGAUCUUCAUGCUGGACUGGGUACGGCGGUUGUCCGACCAAGAGAAGCUGAUCGACGCCAGAGACCGUAAGUUGCCAGACGGCAGCUACCCGCUGUCCGACAUGGGUCGUCUCAUACACCUCGGCCUGCUCUGCUCGCUGCAUGAUCCUAGGUCUCGUCCAAGUAUGAAAUGGGUGGUAGAAAACCUGUCAGGCAACUGCCCCGGAGACCUACCCCCGCUUCCGCCAUUCUUAGCUCUCCCGAAGUACGUCUCUCUUACUUCAUCCUCCGAUUCGGGCACGACAACGAACGGCACGGACAGCACGGUAACCUCAAUGUCGAAGCUUUACUGCACGGCGGAGGGAACUACCAUCUACCUCACAGCAGAAAACGGCGGCUCUCACCACCGCUCCACAGGCUUGUUUGACAACAGCGGCAGCAGCAGCCAUCGAUCGCGGCGGCCAGUGGUGAUCCCAAGCUUCGACACUCCCCGUGAGAUAUCGUACAAGGAUAUCGUCGCUAUAACCAACAAUUUCUCCGAGUCGCAGAUGGUGGCGGAGCUCGACUUCGGGACUGGGUACGAGGGCUUCUUGGACAUCGGCUAUGGUACCCGCCGCCUCCACGUCCUCGUCAAGCGGCUCGGCAUGAAAACGUGCCCGGCGCUGCGCGUCCGAUUCGCCAACGAGCUCCGCAACCUGGCGAAACUGCAGCACCGGAAUCUCGUCCAGCUUCGCGGGUGGUGCACGGAGCACGGCGAGAUGCUCGUCGUCUACGACUACUCCCCGGGGAAUCUCCUGAGCCACCAACUCAUCCGACGGGACGGCGCCGCCGUGCUUUCGUGGCGCCACCGGUACAACAUCCUUAAGGCCCUCGCGUCCGCUGUCCUGUACCUUCACGAGGAAUGGGACGAGCAGGUCAUCCACCGCAACAUCACGUCGGCGGCAGUGUUCCUGGACCCUGACCGGAACCCGCGGCUCGGGAGCUUCGCCCUGGCCGAGUUCCUGUCAAGAAACGAGAGCCACGGCGGCGGGCACCACCGCGUGGCCCUGUCCACCACCUCUGCCCGCGGCAUCUUCGGAUACAUGUCGCCGGAGUACAUGGAAACCGGCGAGGCCAACGCCAUGGCCGACGUCUACAGCUUCGGCGUGGUGGUUCUGGAGGUGGUGACCGGCAAGAUGGCGGUGGACGUGAGGUCGCCGGAGGUUCUUCUGGUGAGGAAAGUGCAGCUGUGGAAGGAGCAGAGCCGCCCCGUUGAGGCCAUCGUGGACAGGCGACUGGACGGCCAGGUUGAUCGCCAGGAGCUCGAGCGGUUGGUGAGGCUCGGUAUCGCGUGCACCCAGUCCGACCCCUCGGGGCGGCCGUCCAUGAGGAAGAUAGUAAGCAUCAUGGAUGGGAAUGACGAGGUCUUGAUGAAAUUCGAGCAUAGGAAGCAGAGCAAAGAAGAGUGGGAGAGUAGAAAUGCUGCUGCUCUGUCCCUAGUAAGAAGACUCCAUGCUCUUGCGAUACACUGAAGACAAUACCGGUACGUGAGACGGGUAUUACAGUAUAUAUCUUCUCGAGUGGAAAAACUAAAAGAGACAUCUCAACACAGUUGUACACUUCUAUUUUAUGAUUUCCUGCUUCAAAUACUCCGGCGCAUGGCGCA